GAUGGCUUCUGUGACCAAUGGUAAAGCUGGAAUCAAAGAUGCCUCUGACCAGAAUUUUGACUACAUGUUCAAACUGCUCAUCAUUGGUAACAGUAGUGUUGGCAAGACCUCCUUCCUCUUCCGCUAUGCUGAUGACACCUUCACCCCGGCGUUCGUCAGCACUGUGGGCAUCGACUUCAAGGUGAAGACAGUCUACCGUCAUGAGAAGCGAGUGAAGCUGCAGAUUUGGGACACAGCUGGGCAGGAGAGGUACCGGACUAUUACCACAGCCUAUUACCGUGGGGCCAUGGGCUUCAUUCUGAUGUAUGACAUCACCAAUGAGGAGUCCUUCAAUGCUGUCCAAGACUGGGCUACUCAGAUUAAGACCUACUCUUGGGACAAUGCACAGGUCAUCCUGGUGGGGAAUAAGUGUGACAUGGAGGAAGAGAGGGUCGUUCCCACUGAGAAGGGCAGGCUCCUCGCAGAGCAACUUGGGUUUGACUUCUUUGAAGCCAGUGCCAAGGAGAACAUCAGUGUGAGGCAGGCCUUUGAACGCCUGGUGGAUGCCAUUUGCAACAAGAUGUCUGAUUCACUGGACACGGACCCCUCUGUGCUGGGUACCUCCAAGAACACACGUCUCUCAGACACCCCACCACUGCUGCAGCAAAACUGCUCAUGCUAGGGGAGGCCCACCUUCCUGACCCCCUCAUUGUGACCCCUCUCAUUGUGGCCCCACACUCA